CGUGCGAAGCUGGACGCGGCGCGCGGCGCGGCGCUAUGGAGGGCGAGAGCACGUCCGCCGUGCUGUCGGGCUUCAUGUUCGGCGCGCUCGCCUUCCAGCACCUCAACACCCGUGCGGACACGGAAGGUUUUCUCCUUGGGGAAAUAAAAGGUGAAGCCAAGAAUAGCAUUACUGAUUCCCAAAUGGAUGAUGUUGAAGUUGUAUAUACAAUUGACAUUCAGAAAUAUAUUCCAUGCAACCGGCUUUUUAGCUUCUACAAUUCUGUAGGUGAAGUAAAUGAGCACUCACUGAAGAAAAUAUUUUCAAGUACAAAAAAGAAUAUGGUAGGUUGGUACAAAUUUCGUCGCCAUUCAGAUCAGAUCAUGACAUUUAGAGAAAGACUACUUCACAAAAGCCUACAGAAGCACUUUCCAAGCCAAGAACUUAUUUUUCUGCUGUUAACUUCAAGUACAGUAACAGAAAGCUGUUCUACUCAUAAGCUGGAAUAUGCCUUAUAUAAACCUCAAAAAGGACUUUUUUAUAGGAUACCCUUAGUGGUUGCCAAUCUGGGCAUGUCUGAACAAACAGGUUAUAAAACUGUAUCUGGUUCCUGUAUGUCCACUGGUUUUCACAGAGCGGUAAAGGCACACAGUUCUGAAUUUUUUGAAGAAGAUGGAUCUUUAAAGGAGGUACAUAAGGUAAAUAAAAUGUAUAAUUCACUACAAGAAGAAUUAAAGUAUGUAUGCAAUAACGUGGAACAAAGUGAGAAACAAGUAGAUAAACUCAUAAAUGAGAUAAAUAGAUUAAAAGAAGAAAUUGGAAAAAAGCAAGCACAGAUGCAAGCAUCAAGAGAGAAAACCCCAGAAGACCAGAGGGAGAACAUUUUUCUUUAUCAAGCUUUACGGACCUUUCUUCCAGAUUGUGAACUUCUUCAUUCUUGUAUUAUCUCCUUGACAAAUGGGCAGAUUUUUAAAAGCAGAUGUAGUACUGACCACCAACUUCAUGUGGUAGACAACCUGACCUUAAUGGUUCCACACACUCCCACCCCUAGUGCUAGUCCAGUUAGCUCACCACAGGUGACUAAGCGGACAGCUGCUGCAGAGACAGAUGGAAACCUAAAAAAGAGAUCACGGCUGUUGGAGACAGAAAGCAAACUGUCAAAGACGGACACUGACAAUGAGAACCAGGAAAGAAAAUUCACAUCCAGCAGCUCAGACACAGAUGAAGACAUUGAGAAAAUGAAGGGCUAUGAGGAAUAUCCUCAGUCUCCCACAUUUUGAUCCUGUUAAUCUACAAUCACAUUUUUUUUGAUUGGCUGAAUGAAGAAAGUUAAAUAUUUAUUUUUACUGCAGCCAGUAAAAUUGCAGUAAUACAUGGAAAGCUUGUUUGUUUUUACUAAGAAGCUACUUGUAAAUAGAAAAAGUUUUAUUUUUACAAUGUUCACUUCUUAAAGACGAUCAACAAUUUUUAUAAAGUACUUUUAAAAUACAA